GCCGUCCAGAGCCCUCCCGUACAGCAAGUUAUAACGUCGCUCGGGGGAAGAAUGCCUACCAAACAAGCACGCUGGUGGAAAUGCGCGCGAUUGCCGGCCGUGCGGUAGAUGGAAAAACCGAUGCUGACUUCGACUCCCGGUCCUGUACACACACCAGAAAUGAAGCUAACCCCAGUUGGUGGGUGGAUCUCGGAGUGUCGUUUCACAUUAAGACAGUGGUCAUCUUCAACCGCCAGGACUGUUGUCAGGAGCGACUCAACCCCUUCAACAUCCACAUCGGGGAUUCCGACCAGGUCAGCGAGAACCCCAGGUGUGGCGGUGACCAUUACAUCGGCACGGACCGGCCGUCCAUUUCCGUCUCCUGUCAGGGGAUGAGGGGGCGGUAUGUGGGCGUCCGUCUCCCCGGACCCUCCCGAACCCUGAGCCUGUGCGAAGUCCGAGUCUUUUCAGACAGUGCACAUGCAUUUACCCACUGCCGUAAAGUGUGCAGCAAGAUGAGCUGCUUAAACCUCCAUUCAGGAGGACGACUGAACAUGGCUGAAGACAUCUCCACCGCUGACGUCACGCCAAGAGACAACACAAACGACGUCUCCGAGGGACCUACUAGUGUGACGCAGACACGUUCAGAUGUUCGGACGGAGCUGAAGUUGGAUCCACCUGCGGUUGUUUCACACGUGUUCCCGAACCCGAUCUACAUGGCAGGGUACAGCCCAUCUGACACUGAUGCUGCCAAGUCGAUUCCUGUCAAAGAUGACGCUAAAAGUCCCAAAUUCCCACAGCGUUCAAGUACAGAUCAGGACAUGCCUGGCCCUGCGCACGCCGACAAGGAUGAAGAUCCCGCCAUAUCUACAGUACGCACGGGACAACCUCAUCAUCUACCCGGUACAGCUGAAGCUAACAACGGACAACCAAUCUUAGUCGUCUGUGCUGAUGUCUAUUCCAGGCGACGAAGGGAUGAAAACAUAUGCCAAGAUGACAUGGCGGCCAAAAGUCCCGCCGAGGCUGAGAUUGAAGAACCAAUGUACAUCGCAGACGGCAGUACCGAAGAGGAGCCAUAUGCCGUCGCGUACGGGUGCCAGGAUACGACGAAUGGAUCAGAAGACAACUCAUCUGAACACGAUGCUGACCAGGCGGCUCCUCCGACACAAGCUGUGGACACUGGCUACACCGCUGGCUACCCUGCUGUGGACAACACUGGUCGUGCUGUUGUCACGACAUCAUCAAAUAUCUCCUCCCAACCUCCCGACCUGAUCGGACGUGAAGCGGAAGUGAGCACCAAAGCUGUGGCUGCACCGACAUCAUCCAUUCAGAAAGGUGUUCAUGGCAAUGUGGCGCUGGGGAGGCCGGCGUACCAAACCAGCUCCGGGGGCGGGGCUGCCGGCCUGGCGGUAGACGGGAACACCGCCACCGACUACUUCAGUCAGCCCGCUACCUGUACACACACGGCAAACCCGGCACGGCCAAACCCGAGCUGGUGGGUGGAUCUUGGGCGAUCGUAUAUGGCUGAAAGAGUGGUCAUCUUCAACCGCCAGGACUGUUGUCAGGAGCGACUCAACCCCUUCAACAUCCACAUCGGGGAUUCCGACCAGGUCAGCGAGAACCCCAAGUGUGGAGGUGAUCAUCACAUCAGCGCCCAGGAGCCGUCCAUUUCCGUCUCCUGUCAAGGGAUGAAGGGGCGGUACGUGGGCGUCCUUCUCCCCGGACCCUCCCGAGUGUUGACCCUGUGUGAAGUCCAAGUCUUUGCGGGCCGUCCAGAGCCCUCCCGUACAGCAAGUUAUAACGUCGCUCGGGGGAAGAAUGCCUACCAAACAAGCACGCUGUGGAAGAAGCGCGCGGUUGCCGGCCGUGCGGUAGAUGGAAACACCGAUGCUGACUUCGACUCCCGGUCCUGUACACACACCAUGAAGGAAGGAGAAGCUAACUCCAGUUGGUGGGUGGAUCUCGGAGUAUCGUUUCACAUUAAGACAGUGGUCAUCUUCAACCGCCAGGACUGUUGUCAGGAGCGACUCAACCCCUUCAACAUCCACAUCGGGGAUUCCGACCAGGUCAACGAGAACCCCAGGUGUGGCGGUGAUCAUUACAUCGGCACGGACCGGCCGUCCAUUACCGUCUCCUGUCAGGGGAUGAAGGGGCGGUAUGUGGGCGUCCGUCUCCCCGGACCCUCGCGAACCCUGAGCCUGUGCGAAGUCCGAGUCUUUUCAGACAGUGCUCAUGCAUUUAGCCACUGCCGUAAAGUGUGCAGCAAGAUGAGCUGCUUAAACCUCCAUUGCUAAUGUCCAAUACAUGGCUUAACUUAUUAUUGUUUACUUUUUGCACAUAAAGCAAGAGAAAUUGUACUUAAUAAUAAGAACGUGUCGGAGAAACCAGAAACCAAACAGAUCUAUGUAGGGUUUUCCAAUAAUUACUUGGUGAGUUACUGCUAAUUCUACUACAUUAUAUCACUAUCGAUACACAAGAAAAUGGGAAAAACCGACGAACUUGCUA